GCAUUUUUUUUUCAUUUUUAAAAGGUUCAUAUGGGCUUGGGUGAUCCGCGUUCUCCUGGAUUUCCAUCCUUCAAUCACACACAGUUCCCACCAACUAAAUCGUCAGGACUUCCUGGAAUCUUAGUUCAUUCAAUUAGUGCAAAUGCAGCUGCAUCGCUUCUCCGUAAAUUGGGUGGUGUAGCAGCUCCACCUAGUUGGAAGAGCAAAGCAACCAAAGUUGGGCCAGGGUUUGCCAAUGAUGAUGAACAAGUAAUGAUGGAAGUGAAUAAUGUUGAAGAAGUAAGAGGAAUGCACAAUGUCUUUGCAGUUGUUAAGGGGUUCGAAGAACCAGAUCAUUAUGUUGUAAUUGGCGCUCAGCGUGAUGCCUUUGGCCCUGGUGCAGCAGAAUCUGGAGUGGGAACUGCUUUGCUGUUGGAGCUGUCCAGAGUCUUUACGAGAAUGGUUGAAGAUGGUUUCAGACCCAGAAGAAGUAUUAUCUUUGCAAGCUGGAGCGGUGGUAGUUUUGGAGCAAUUGGAGCAACAGAAUGGCUAGAGGGAUACAUGUCUGUGUUACAUUUGAAAGUCUGUACCUACUUUAGUCUUGACAGAGCUGUACUAGGAGGCACAAAUUUCGAAAUAUUUGGCAGUUCCAUGUUGCAUAAUCUAAUUCGAGAAACAAUUUCCAUGGUAAAAAGCCCUUUAUCACCAGAUAAAUCUAUCUACGAAAUGGCUGAAGCAGGUGCCGGUGACUGGCUGAAAGCAGUUUUGCGACCAAUUCCAAUGGAUACUAGUGUUUACGCGUUCUUGGCAAUCGGUGGGAUUCCAGCUAUGGGACUCAGUUUUACCAAGGAUGAAAAUUACCCAUACAAUACAAAAGAGGACACAGUGAAUACUCUCUUCAAGUUUACUAAUGGUAACUUGGAGACUGUAACCCGUGCCAUGGCAGAAGUUGUCGGGAUUGCUGUGAUUAAGCUAAUCCAUCACCAUCAACUUCCACUCGAUUACCAGAAGUAUGCUAGUGAUUUGUCUGGCUAUAUUAUUGACAUUCAAAGCUAUGCAUCAGAAUUGCAGGAACGUGGACUGACUAUGAGAUGGCUGUUUUCAGCUCGUGGUGACUUCUACCGUGCUGCCAAUACUCUGCGUUCUCAGAUUGAAAGUUCUGAUAUGAAUGAUGUGUUGCUCUGUCGAACCUACAACAAUCGAAUUAUGAGGGUGGAGUACAAUUUUCUUUCUCCUUAUGUGUCUAUAAAUAAUUGUCCAUAUAGACACCUGCUAUAUGGCAAAGGAAACCAUACCCUUGCUGGUAUUGUGGAGCAGCUGAAACUUCUGAGGGUGAAUCCUGAACUCGUGGAUUUCAAUAUGACUCGUAACGACUUGGCUUAUGCUACCUGGACUGUGCAGGGAGCAGCCAAUGCACUUGGUGGAGAAGUGUGGACCAGCAGCAAUAAUUUCUGAUCAUGUCACUUAUACAGACCUUCACCUGGUUUGGCUUCAAGCAUCACUUUUAGUUUCAAAAUGCUGAGAUAUAUUAGCCUUAGCACUUGUCACUUAGGUUUUGCUAUUCUGGUAUGGAUUAAUUGAUACUUGUCUUUAAAUCAUAUUUGGAUAUAUGGCAUCUGGUUUCUUAAAAUGCAAACCUUUUCUGUUGCACAAAAUCUGAGUCACAAAAUUGCUUACCAGUAUAAACCUGCAGGUGUGUAUUCAGAUGCCUUAGAAGAACAUUCUCUUCCAACAGUGUGGAGGAAGUGGUAAUAUCUCAGCUGUAUUUGUUAUCUAUAAUCUUUUUGCAUUCUGUAAUGCUGCCACUUAAGCUGUUUAUACAUUAGCCUUAGUGUACUUGGUUUGCUUGUUCUCAGUGAACAGAAAUUGUGCAUCUGGCGGAUAUCCUCUUGUCAAUAAAAAACACAGUCCAAGUUUGCUCUUCAUUUUAAAACAGCAGCCUGGAAAGACUGGUUUUCACCAUGUCUUUCUGGCAGCUAGUUUUGGCAAAUUAAUUUUCUUGGAUGUAGCGCUUUGUGUGAAGUAACUACACAUUUUAAGUCUGGUUCAAGUACCACCUUAGACCAAUGUAGAAGCAGCUGUGAAAUGUGCUUUCAUAGAUAACUGAUAUGUUGUUCUUGCGUUGUUUUAUGGUGAGCAAAGGAGUACUUUAAAACUCUGAAAUAUUUUAAAUUGAACUGAAUGUGCAUGGGGAAGCAGGAGAUAAUAAAUAAGUAAAGUCACCAUAUUCCCAGAGGGCUGUAGAACUGCUUUCUUAUUAGUGAGUGAGGUGAGUUUAACCUGAGGGUCAAUGGGUGAGUUGAGAAUCUAGUACCUUCAUGGUGACCUCAGCCAGAAAUUGAACCCAUGCUGUUAGUGCCAUUCUGCAUUGCAAACCAGCUGUCUAGCCAACUGAGUUAAUCCACCCCAGUAUAAAGAUAGAUAGCAGUUUGAUGUGAAAUCAAAGAAAUAAAAGCUAACAUGAAAUAUGCAAAUAUCUCCAGCAUAAAGAGUACUGUAAUGAAACAAACUGAGUUAGGAGAUCAGAGAUUUUCAAAUUGUCUUGCAAUUUAAUAAGCUUGUUUAUCUCUCUUCCCCAACACCACCCCCUUCCUAGAUAAUUGCAGCUAUGUCAUUCAUUGCAAGAUGCUGAUGAAACCUUUGAGGUUCCGUCAAGCUUUUCCUUCUAAGACAUUUUGUGUGAUGGAUUAUGCUCCUGAGCAUUCCAUGUGGACAACAAGGACCUCUCUGCAUCUUGAAUAUAAUGACAUUUCUCCUUGGAGCAGCAUAGCACAGAAGCUGCUGGUAAUAUGAUAUAAGCAAACAAACAGGAGUAUUUUAAUUCAGUGUAAAAAUAAAUUUAUGUUGGUUUCUCCGUGGAGAAGAGUUUUUUUAAGAAUUGAAUCUAAGCCAGGGAAAUUGAAAUGAUUGAGGAGAUGGUGAGAAAUAGGUUGAUUUAAACUUUCGUUAAUCAUGUUAUUCAAUGGCAUCAUUGAACAUUUUAAUAUAAAGUAAACCUUUUUGUUCUAGCAACAGUACUUCCAUCAUGCUAAAUGCUAGUGAUUACACUUUUGAAAAUAAACCGGCAUAAAGCAGAAUUAGUAUAGGUGAAAGGAAUCCCUUUCAGUUUGUUGGAGGAAUUAGUCUCUGCUUUGAGACAGCAAAAUUUUGUUUUGAAACAAAAUGCAUGUAAUUAAUCUCCAAUUUACUCACUGGGUUUGAAGAAGUGGUCUUUACUUUGGUCUAAUAAACUAAGUUUCAGUGCUACUCUGAAGCAAGGGAAAAUAGAUAAUUUCGAAGAAUUCAUUGCAUUCCUUUAUGAAUCAAGGCAUCACUAUAUCACACCUUUGGCAAACUAUCUACAUUUUUGUUUUCAAUGAUCAAUAAUUCAUUUGCAUUCUCGCUUGGAAUUUUAAUUCUUGAGAAGUUUUACAAAACUCCUAAGUAAUAGUAGAUUCUUGUUUUUUGAAUCCAUCAUUUUUUAAGUAGGGUGUCUGUAAUAUUUAGUGCCUUUUCUCAUCAGAUUAGAUUGUUUGACUUAGAUAAUUGUUCAGUGUCAAGAAACAUGUUUCACAAACCCAUAUGGCUUAACACACACAAACUAUGAUCAAAAAUAGAUGGUACAGGAAUUGUAUAGUUUGUAUUUGUUUCGGAAAGUUUCCUUUUUCACAUUUCAGUUUCAUUCAGUUGUUUGGAAAUUGUUUGAUGUGCUUAGCAUCAAUACAAUAGCAGUACUUGUAAGUAAUUCAUUACAAUUAUCUGGACUUCAGUAUAUAAGGUAAUCCUUUGUUCAUCUGUGUUAACUGUAUUUAAAACACACUUGUGUUAUGAGAGAUGGCUUGUUAAAUGGCAUGUCCCUUUGUAAAAUGGAGACUAUCUUGCUGUUUCCAGAAGAUAGUUUGGGUCAGUUAUUGUGCAAAGAACAAAAUUCUACUUUGAGUAAGGGAUAAUUUGUCAAAUCACAAGCUGCCUUAAAGACUUUAAAAUUUAAUUAGUACAACCAGUUUAUCAGUUGAUAAUCUUUUGAACUUUACUGGUGUAGGGGUUUGCAAACACAUUCAAAGCCCAUAACUAGUGGACAAACAGAAACGUCAUACUUGGCUUAGUCGUCUUAAUCCAUUUAACACCUGUUCUAGUACUUUACUGCUGUCUGCUUAUUAAUCUAGACUUUUGGCCAAAGUGACAGGGCUAUGUGCUUACAAUUGAUCAUUUUGAGCAUCAAAAUGAGCAUCUAAAUUGUCUGAUAAGAAACUUUUGGCGAUGAUGAAAUAGCAAUUGAAUUUGCUGCAUUUAACCACCAACGGUUUCGUUUUACGGUUACUAUGUAUCUGUCAAGCCCAGUUAUCACGUCACUACUGUUUUCACCAAUCAGCACUGAAAUAUUUAUUGUUUUUUUUAUUUAUCAGUGACAGAGUUCACUAUAAAUAGUGUUUUAUCUUUUUUAAAAUAAGAUAAUUAUCGGAAGCAGUGCCUUCCAUAAUUAUGACGGUUAUACUGUCGACAAUCAGAAAGCAGCAUCUGCUACUAAGAAAUGAAAGCCUAUGACAUUUCUACAAGAAUACAACCUCAUUAUCGGGAGCAGUGUCUUCCAUAAUGUCAUGAAAUAAGGUAGUUUUUGCCUACCAAGGUGUAUAUCGGAAGCAGUGACUUCCAUAUGUUUCACCCAAGGUGUAUUAAAAUUAUCGGGAACAGGGAUUCCCAUAAUUUAACUAUUAUAUCUGAAUAUCAGUGGGGCUAAUUGUGUGCUUAUGAUCAACUGCUAUCAUGUUUUAUUUGCUUAUGUGUAUUAUAGCUUAACUGGUUUGUGAUCUCUUGUAUAAGGACCUUGUGUGCCUUGUGCUGAUAUGUUUUCACAAUUACUUUAAAAUUUAUAGGCCCCUUUGUAAUUGUUACUUGGAUAUAUGGAGCAGGAAGAUGAAAUCUGUGGAGCAGCAGUAAUCAAAGUGGAUAAUAAGUCAUAUAUCCUUCCUUCCAGUAUGGAAUUAUUGUAAUUAUUUUAAUAUAAUUUGCUGUUGAGACUUCAUGAUCUUUUUCUGAAGCUUCUCACAUUUAACUGGUCGAUAUUGGCUUAUAAUGUCUGCUGUUUCUACCAAACCAUUUCAUUGUAAGGAGCUCCUGGUGCCUACUAGCAUUGGAGUAAUGGCUCAGACUGAUGCUUUUCAGUUAAUACAUUAUCAUUUUUUGGAGUGGAUUAACUGGAGCUGCUUAUUCAGUUAGUUCCAGCCUUGUAACAGAACUUUUGGACUGGGCCACUCAUGCUCGAGAAGGCUUUUGAAACUAGCUGACCUGCAGUUCAGUCGACAAACUAAUUCAGCUUGCAAUUGGAGCUUUUGAAGUGCAUCUGUCUCUGAGAUUCUUCUAACUGAUCCCACUUACCCAGUGAUCAGUAACCCAAUAGGUCAAUCCUGAAAGCUUACCAUGCAUCUGUGCUGGUAAACAGCAUGCCUUUAGAUGCUUAAAAACCAUGAUUAUCCCUGUACACGUGGAUUCUCUAGCAUUUGGCUUUGAUAAUCUGCAACUAUGCACUUUGGCUUUGAUAAGUAGGUUGUGUUCCAAUGUAUGGCAUUGUAACCUGAUAGUGUGUGCACUCCAUCGUUGAGAUGCACCAUUAUUGCACUUUUCUCAGGGCAAAGAGAGCAAAAAAGCCUAGAGCCAGUGUGUCUCAAAUUCUCACAGAAGGUCAGAAUCUGUUCACUCGAUAAAGAGAAUAGAAAGUUCUUCAUUUAGUAUGUCUUUAAUCAAUAUUGAUGGCUUUCCCAGUUAGUGCCACUUAAAUUUUGUUCUGAAUAUAUUCUGACCAUGAACUGGGCUAUUGUGCAAUGCAGUUCUGGGUUACAAGGAUGUGAAAGACACCAUCCACUUUAUACAGAUCUGUUUAACUCCAAGUUCAAUGGAAGAGACGUGAUGUAGAGAAGAAACUUAUUGUAAUUUCUGUUUGAAACAAAUCAAUUGGGCUGAUCCAGAAUAUGGUAUGAGCAACUCAUGGAAAUGUACUGUAAUUUCAAAGAUUAUAGCGAAAUUGUUUUUCUGUAAACUUUAUGGGAGUUCUUUGGUUCUCAUGUUUAUCUUAAUAUGCAUUCUCAAUACUCUUCCAAAAGUUCAGAUUGUCCACAGUUAUUUUAGGGAUUAUUUCCCAAGCACUCGAUGCUUUUGGAUAUUCUGUUUGGUCUGCUUAUCCACUGAAUCACAUGUUCCCAUUUGGGCUGGGCUUUUAAUUAUUUUGCUCUUUUUGCUACUGCAAAAUAUUCUGCAAACUUUUAGUUGUCUUGUUCUUUUGUUAAGUAGAGCACUUGUGUAUAGUUUCAAACUGUGAUAAUUGUAUUAUUUAGCAAAUUGAUCAAAAAUGUUUGUUGGUGAAAGAUUAAUUUGUUUGGCUGUCUUGCAUAUGUGCUUCAAUAAAAUGUUUUAAAAACAA